AUGCCGAGCCAUCUAGUUGCCAGCUGCCUUCUGCUGGCUUUGGGCCUGAACAUGAGCCUGGGGGCCAUCCACAAGCGCAGUGGCGCCAAUUCGCUGGGAGGGGAUCCUAAUCCCCAUCCCAGCCCCGAGGGCAGGCCGGUGGCGAGUCCUGCGGCCAGUGUGGAGAACACCGACCUGCUGGACAAGCUGAGCUGGAAGUGCGCCAACAACGCGAGCUGCCUGUACGGCGUGGCCAAUGGCAUUAUGGCCUCCUACCGGCGCGGCGAGACCCUCAAGCUGGGGCUCUUCGACCUGGUCAAGUUGCCCGAACUGGAUGCCUCCCGCAAACACAAGUGGGGCUCUGGGCGCGGCCUCUCCAGCUUCAUGGACUUUGUCACGGGAAAUGCCAUUAGAGUGCCCGUGGGCCCCAUGGUCUUCAGUGUUCAGCGGGCCGAGGAUGACAGCGAGUACAUCGAAGUGGCGCUGCUGAAGAAGGCCUCCAGCGGAACAGGCCGGCUGCAGGGCAACGGAGGAGGCGGAGGACUCCUGGGCGGAGGAGGAGGUGGACUGGGAGGAAACGGCGGCGGGGGAGGCGGUCUUUUGGGCGGCGGAGGCGGCGACAACGGGGGAGGCGGACUCCUGGGCGGACGCAGGCGCCACCAGCACCAGGACAAGAAGCAGUUCCAGAUGUUCAUACCCAUGUACCUGGCGGCCACGACAUUCGGCUGGACUAUGGUGGCCGCCAAGGCGGUGGGACUCCUCACGCUCAAGGCGCUGAUCCUGUCCAAAAUCGCCUUCGUGGUGGCCGCCAUUGUGCUGAUCAAGAAGCUCAUGGACAACGCCAGCGAAAAGAUGAUGUACCAGUUCCCGGAGCAGACCCCCUAUAUGAUGCCCUACGGCAUGGAUUACCCGCUGCACGGGGCUGAGAUGUCGCCGGAAAUGUACCCGGCCUCGCUGCACCACCUGGCGAUGGCAGGUGGCGGCCAGCUGCCGGGGCAUCCUGGGCACCCGGGACUGGAGAGCCUGAGCGCCGAGAGCCACCUGCACUCCGCCCAGGUGGCCAGCGACGGCAGCAACAACACGCAGGUGCUGGCCGCCCUGGGCGGACUGGGUGGCCUGGGGCACAAGAUCAAGCGUGAGGACUCCUGGAUGGCGAAGAGUAAGUCCACUCCCGCCCGGCGACCUCUGAUCUACAACUACGUGCAGCCCCACAUGCCGUACUACCGCUCCUGA